AUGAUGAUUUGUGCGACAAAUGGAUAUAUUGUCUCUGCAAUGGGUCCAUAUUUGGCUGAUGCUCACAACAAUGACGCAAGCAUUACAAAUCAUCUACUUCGAACAAAUCAAGAAGGUAUCUGUGACUGGAUGAAUCUGGGAGACGUGAUGGUCGUAGAUCGUGGAUUCAGGGACAUUUUGUCACUCAUUCAAUCACUUGGAUGGACAACGUACAUGCCUGCAUUUCUACCCAAAUCCACAAAAAAAUUCACUACCGAACAAGCGAACAACAAUCGAAAAGUGACGAAGAUCAGAUGGAUAGUGGAGGCAGUCAAUGGUCGUCUUAAACAAUACAAAUAUUUUGGAAAGGUUAUUCCAAAUACAGCACUACCGUACAUUCAUGAAUAUGUACAAAUUAUAUGUGCCAUCAUAAACGCUUUCCGUCCUCCAUUCGUGCAAGAUACUUCAAAUGACGACUAUAUUGCUCAAGAAAUGCUUGAACGAUCGAAAAAGCAGAACAAUCUCGAGGUAAGUUUGACGGACAAAGAAUUUAUGAAACUUAAAAAGUGGGAAAAAAUGGAGGUAAGUUCUACGGCUCCAAAUUUUCCUGUUUUGGGAAUUGUGGAAUUGGAAGACUUGACUCUGGGCGUCUUUCAAGUCAAACAAGCAGUUUCAUACGCCAAUGAACAUGUAGAUCAAGAUGGGGAGUUCGAGAUUUUAGUAUCGACGGAAACUGAAGGAAUGCUUAUGGCCUCAAUUCAAAGCAAGCACUCAAAUCGCAAAGUUUACAAGGCAAUUAUCACUUACAAUAGUGUAACUGCUCUUGAAUGGGCUUGCCAAUGUCCAAACGGUAAUCAAGCAAUUGGUUGCUGCAGUCACGUAGCAAGUAUUCUUUGGUACCUCGGUCAUGCUCGAUACCUCCCAUCAAGUACUACUCAACGUUGUGCCUCAUACAUUGAUGCUUUUAUCGAUGCAAAGAGUGCACCAUCUUCAUCAAGUGAAGCUAGUGAGAGUGACGAUGAGACACUCUAUUCGCUUACUUAG